AUGUUAUUGUUAUACACCCGUGGAUCCAUCGGGUGCGCCUGUGAUCUCCGAAAGCAAAAUGAUCCCACACCACCAGAAACACCUUUACAGAAAACGGAAUCUGAUGAGGUCUCCGUGUCAGAAACAUCCACAAUUGCUCCUCCAGAAGCAGUUAUCGCUGCACCCACCGUGUCACAAACGGUUUAUUCCCUCCCGAUACCCAACGUGUUUUUCCAUCCGCCCCUUCUCGACACUUUUUGGAACGUCUUCCUGCACUCCGGCAGACGUGGUGUUGGUAAAAACACCCCGACCCACGCGGUCGACGUCCCUCCGCCGAUUCCGGCCGUGGAUGCACCGAGCAGCACCAUUUCCAAAGCGGAGGAGGAUAUGCCGCCGUUCGAGGAGUGGCGACAGCAGAAGCUAGUGGAAAAGGAGAAAAGCGGAGCGGGGAAUAAUGGCACGGGCAAGCGGCGACCGCGGACGAUGAAGAACACCAACUACGCUUCCAUUGCUUGCGGAGCGAAAGUCAUCGCGCACAAUGCGGAAGCGGAGAAUCCGGGUGCGAUAUUGUCCUCCAGCCGCGAUGAAUAUAUGCUGAAUCCGUGUAAAGCGCGAAAAUACUUUGUGGUGGAAUUGUGUGAGUCCAUACAUGUUCAUGGAUUUGAUAUCGGCAAUAUGGAAUUGUUUUCUAAUAUUCCUCGACAGAUUCAGGUCUCUGCAUCUGUCCGAUUUCCAACCCGUGAUUGGAUUGAUCUCGGGCGGUACGACAUGAAGGAAUCUCGCACAAUACAGAACUUCAGUGUCGCCGUCAAAAGUGGUUUUGUUAAGUAUGUCAGAGUGGAAAUGUUGGAGCAUUAUGGCAAAGAGCACUACUGCCCGAUCAGUCUGUUCCGUCUCUUUGGGACCAGCAUGGUUGAAGAAUACGAAAACUCGGUGGAUGAUGACGACGACGACGGUUCCGGGCAUGAAACCGGUGUGGAUGAGGAUGCGUAUAUGGAACAAGAUAAGUGGGGACAAGACACACUAAGUACCGGUGGAUUCGGCAACGGCAUCACGGAUCUGGUGGUUAACUUCGUAAAGAAAGUGUCAUCUAGUGGGUAUAGUUUACUUAAAGGAAAUGCCAAGAAUUCCACACCGGCACCCUGCCGUAAUGCGACGGCGAUCAUAUCGGCUUUGCAUUCAAAUGAUACCGAACAUGGGGAUACAUCACCGCAUGAUUCUCGAAUUGCACCGAAUUCUCCGCUUUUGCGUUUGUGUUUCUCGACAUCGAAAGGAUGGGAUGCCACCACUCCAACCUGCCAGUACAUUUGGUGCCUCCUGCAAGCUUCUAACUCCACUUUGUCGUUCUGUCCAUUAUCGCCGGAUAACAGUAAUCCCGUCUUCCAAUUCUCGACGCCUGAAGUUUUCGAGUGCGAGGAAACAAUGCCGAAAUUACCAAAUGAGAUUGGUGUUGCUGUGCCAUCACCUGCUGCGCACAAUCACCACGAAACGACACCGGAAGCUCCUGCAGCGACUGUACCUGUUUCCACUGUGCCUAUCACUACAGGGGAAAGCCAGAUUGCACCUGCUAAAGAGAUUAUUAGUGAAAAUGCCUCCGGAACGGCAGCGGAGACUGUCCCAGAGAUUACAAAAGCAAACGCAGAGGAUUUGAAGAAUGUUAGCGACGAAAAAGUGGAGAAAAGAAAUGUCAAUGCGACGGUGAUUAACAUGGCAGUUCCGGUUCAACCUCCGGUAAACGCGACGCCGGGACAGAAGGAAUCGGUGUUCGUUCGCUUGGGUAAUCGUUUGAAGACGCUGGAACUGAAUAUGAGUCUGAGUGGACAGUAUUUGCAUGAGCUGAGUCGGAGAUUUAAGAAACAGGGCGAGGAGAGUGCCAGGAAUUUUACUGUGGUGUUUACAAAAGUAACCGAAAUCACUAAAUCCACCGCCGACAGCCAAAACGAAUUGAAUCGCCGUGUGCAGCAACUGGAAGCACGGAACAAGUAUUUGGAGCAAGCCUUGCAGGACACGGAGAGCACGUUGUGGAUGUUGCGACUGGUGUUGCCGGCGGUGAUUUUGUGCGUCAUUUUGGUCAGUGUGAUAUGCUUCAUCGUUGGAUUCUACUUGUUACGUCGGUAUGUCCUGCGUGCGGUGAUCGAUGAUAUUAGCAAGCGCUUGAUAGUCCAUCAGAAUGGUUAUGCCAAUGGAGCGGUGGCCAGUUCCUCGCGUAGGCCGAACGGACUAGUCAAACACCGACAAAAGGUCGUUGUGCGACCGGAAAUGAAUGCAGACGAUGCAGUUGUUCCUGGUUAGAUGUCAAAUGUUUUUUGCACAUGUUUCUUUUUAUUUUGUUAGUGGAUCUGGAAGUUUUGCUCAGUUGGAAACAGGUUGAGGUUGUUUUGCUAGUCUGUAUUUAUGCUCCAGUGUUACUAAACGAUUUCCUGUUUUUGCAAGUUUGAAAGUCACGGUGUAUAGCGUUUACCCGUUUUUGCCAUUUUAUGGCAUCAUGUAGCAUUUGUACGGAAAAAAAACAGAAUGUGAUGUUG